CGCGCGCCGCCCGGCGGCUGACCCAGCGGCCCGCGCCCGCUCGUCCGCCCGACCCCGCGGCGGGCUGCAGCGGCCGGCACCAUGAGCGGCGGCGGGGACGUGGUGUGCACCGGGUGGCUGCGGAAAUCGCCCCCCGAGAAGAAGUUGCGGCGCUAUGCCUGGAAGAAGCGCUGGUUCAUCCUGCGGAGCGGCCGGAUGAGCGGCGACCCCGAUGUCCUGGAGUACUACAAGAACGACCACUCCAAGAAGCCUCUGCGCAGCAUCAACCUGAACUUCUGCGAGCAGGUGGACGCGGGCCUGACCUUCAACAAGAAGGAGCUCCAGGACAGCUUCGUGUUCGACGUCAAGACCAGCGAGCGCACCUUCUACCUGGUGGCCGAGACGGAGGAGGACAUGAACAAGUGGGUCCAGAGCAUCUGCCAGAUCUGCGGCUUCAACCAGGCUGAGGAGAGCACAGACUCGCUGCGGAACUUCCCGGCCGCGGCGCAUGGCCCACGCUCCUCCCCCGCCGAGCUCAGCGGCCCGGCCCAGCCCCUGCUGCGGGAGCGGAAGGUCUCGGCGCCCACGCACUCCAGCCAGCCCACCCUGUUCACCUUUGAGCCCCCGGGGCCCGGCCUCGCCCAGCCCGCCCUGUCCACCAGCGCGCCCCAGGAGUACCUCUACCUGCACCAGUGCAUCAGCCGGAGGGCCGAGAGCGCCAGGAGCGCCAGCUUCUCUCAGGGCACUCGGGCCUCCUUCCUCAUGCGGAGCGACACGGCCGUGCAGAAGCUGGCCCAGGGCAACGGCCACUGCGUCAACGGGGUGGGCGGGCAGGUGCACGGCUUCUACAGCCUCCCCAAGCCCAGCCGGCAGCACGCGGAGCUCCGGGACAGCGCCUACGACCUGCCCCGGGGCCUGGCCUGCCACGGCCGUGCCCCGGGCAGCCUCACGGGCUCCGAGACGGACAGCGAGGACGUGUACACCUUCCAGACGCCCAGCAACGCCCUGUGCCGCGAGUUCGGGGACCUGCUGGUGGACAACAUGGACGUCCCGGCCACCCCGCUCUCAGCCUACCAGAUCCCGCGGACGUUCACGCUGGACAGGAACCACAACGCCAUGGCGCUGGCCGCUCCUGGAGACGCGGCCGUCGCCCCCCCACCCCGGCCCCCCAAGCCGAGCCAGGCGGACACGCCGCGGUGGGGCAGCCCCCGGCACAGACCCCCGCUGGGCGACGGCAGCAGGCCCGUCUCGGCCGCGGCCACCAUCCCCAGGCGGAACACCCUCCCGGCCAUGGACAACAGCCGGCUCCACCGAGCUUCUUCCUGUGAGACGUAUGAGCACCCACAGCGCGUCGGGGAGGGCGAUGGUGUCCGCUCCUUCCUGCCGGGGAAGGCUGCCGUGGGCCGCUCGGACAGCACCAACUCCGAAGAUAACUACGUGCCCAUGAACCCGGGCUCCUGCACCCUGCUGGCCAUGGAGCGAGCAGCCGACAGCGCCCAGAGUGCCUACAUCCCCAUGAGCCCCGGGCCCCACGCCCUGGACCCGCUGGGCUACCCCUCCGCGGCCCUGCCCCUGCACCGCGGCCCCAGCAGGGCGGGUGAGAUCCAGCCGCCUCCUGUCAACCGCAACCUCAAACCCGACCGGAAAGUGGCUGUCCUCUCCCCCUGGUUGCUUGCUCCAGCAAAGCCAACCCCGCUGGACCUGCGGAGCAACGCCGUCAUCGACGAGCUGCCCUUCAAGUCUCCCAUCACCAAGUCCUGGUCGCGGGCCAUCCACAGCUUCUCCGCCAGCUCCUCCCAGUACUGCCGCCCCAUCUCCACGCAGAGCAUCACCAGCACCGACUCGGGCGACAGCGAGGAGAACUACGUGCCCAUGCAAAACCCUGUGUGUGCAUCUCCCCUGCCCAGUGGCAGCGGCAGCCCUGCCCACAAGAAGAGCAGUGGCAGCGUGGACUACCUGGCCCUGGACUUCCAGCCCGGCUCCCCCAGCCCACACCGCAAGCCCUCCACGUCCUCCGUCACGUCUGACGAGAAGGUGGACUACGUGCAGGUGGACAAGGAGAAGACGCAGGCCCUGCAGAGCACCAUGCAGGAGUGGACAGACGUGCGGCAGGCGGCAGAGCCGGCCAAGGGCGCCAAGCUGUGACCGCGCCCCCUCGCCCCCGCCCCCGCCCACUCCUUUGCCUUCGCCCCCGCCCAGCCCCACCAUGCUGCCGCUAGCCUUCCGAGCACUUGACAUCAGGGACCUGGCCCUUCCCGGGGCACUUGUCUGCCCACAUGGCUGCCUCCGGGGCCUCUGAGUGGGGCUGGCUCUCCGCCAUAGUUACAGUCACCAGAAAAGCGUCCUCCGGCCCUCGUGCCUGGCUCUCACUGUCUUGGGCGGGAGGGACGGGGACCCAGCCAGGUUCUAGCCCCGAGAGGCAGGUCACCCGCUGGUGGGGCUGCUGCAGGGCAGAGCGGGGCGGACACGCAUGUCCCCUUUGUUUAGGAGUCAGGGGACAGCAGAGACCCCGGGAGAUGGGCCUGGGGGGAGGGGGAGGCAGCCGUUGGGGGUGCUGCUGUGGUUGGUGCCCCCGGGAGAGGCCAAAGGCUAAGGACCAAAGGGAUGAAGGAAGACCGGGGCCGUUAAGAAACCAGGAGACAGGCUUGGGCCCCGGGACUGGCAGGCAACUCCAGUUCAGACCCCCAGGGGGACCCCUGGGGCUGGCGGGGAGAUGGGGCUGGGCACGGAGGCUGCAGGGAAUGGGAUGUGACAGCAAGUUGCUGGAGAAGGAGAGGAUGCAGGUGACUGAUGCAGGUGAGAGUGAGCGGGAGGGGAGGGCCGGGAGAGCCGGGAGUGGAGGGAUCAUGUGAGGAGCUUUGGGCUGGCAGAGGCCGCCUGGAGCAGCUGCCAGGGCAGGGAGGACCCAGGCGGACCCGGGCACAGAGCCACAGUGCCAGGUGAGCAAGGGUGACCCUCACCCUCCAGCCAUCCUGGCGCCCCCCUGACCUGGUGGGGGGAGCUGACCUUCCUGGUGGGGGACCUCUAGGGAAGAGAUGGGAAGAGGGUAUCGUCCUGGGCAGCAGCCUUGGGAGCCAGUGCCCAGUGAGAAGGCCUGGGGUGCCAGCCUUCCUCCCCUCAGUGACCCCCGUGACCAGGAGGCCCUGGGAUGCUGCCCUAGGAGCUGCAGCGGCCGGUGGCUGCAGGACAGGCUCUGGGGACACAGCUGUCACUCAGUGUCCUCAUGGUCACUGUCAGGGAGGACGGCCUGGUCCUCGAGGGAGCUGCAGGUGGUCUGUCACAGGGUGCCCGGGGCAGGAGGGCAGGGGAAAAGGGCUUGGGGGCCCACAUUGCAGAGGGCAGGGGCUUGGGCCCUGUGGGGAAAGGCGGGAGCCUUUGGAAGUGCUCCCCUGGAGGGGGACAUGUGUCUGCAGCUUCCCCACAACCCCGAGGGUGACACAGUGAUGUCCGCACCUGAGCGUGCCAGGAUGGCAGCAACACAGGUCUGCAGGUGGGUGGUCUCCACCCUCCGAGGGUGCAGAGGGGCCUGUGGGGGAGACCGGACUUGCACCCCUCCCCACACACACAGUCCAGAGCCCCCAAGCUAGAAGAGGGCCCACAGGACAGAGACCCCAGCACAGGGAAGCCCUGGACACGGGGGCUCAGACGAGGACGAGGGCAGGAGCAGGAAGGGGGGGGGUGGGGGCGCCCAUCCCAUGUGCCUGCCCUGAACUGGGCUGGACUCUGGACUCACGCCCUGCCCGCGGGGUGAGGGGACCCCGGCCCCCACCUCUCCCAAGGGCAGUGGGCACACGUCAACUGGCAGUGGGCAUGGUGACUGUGCGCCCACACUGCCCCACUCCGAGACAGAAGCACAAGCCCCCAGGCCAUGAGCUGGCCCCGGGGACAGCUUGGGGGGAGGGAGGGGGAAGUUGUCUGUCCGCAGAGCGGCAGCCAGGCUGCAGGAUUCGGGGCACGUGUGUAUGUGGGGGAUUCCCGAAGCUUCCCCACGCCGGCCAGAGGGGCAGGGCUGCCCAGCCUGGGGCCGUGCCCCGUGACCAUUUAAAGUUGGUAUUUACUUUUUCAAAUCGCUGUUGGUGCCUAAUCACUUAAGUUAUUAAUUUAUUGUUUUCGUUUAAAAAAAAAAAAGGGAAUCGUAACCCGUAUUGAUCC